AUUAAAUGCAAUUGUAAGGAAACAACCAUUUCUUGUUCUUCUUCCUCAAUCGCCGCCGCCGCACACUGCGGCUCCGACUCCCAUUUUUCUGCUCGGGAACUUGAUCCGCCCGCUGUUGUCUCAGCUGAUAGCCCUUGGUUUUGUCCUGCUUCGAACCCCCUUCACACGCCACUGCCUCAAGAUCGCCGUAUUCCGGACCGGGGUUUGAACGAGUCUUCGUCCGAUUCCAAGAUCCGAUAUUCUCCGGUCAGUGUGUCAACCGUCAUGGACUUCACAACGAUCUCCAACGGUCACUCUCCGUCGAGUUUCACCAAGUUCAACUCCGCCCUCACGGCUGGUCUUUUAAACCCGCAUUCCCCACCGCCGCCUCCGUCGGAUAAGACCCGAUCCAGCCCGUCCCUUUUCGAGAUGAUGGCUAACGAGCCCGAUGUCCUCCCAAGAACCCAAAACCAAGGUCAGAUCCAAGUAUCCAUUUCAGCUCCCAGACAAAAUCAACCCCCGCCGGUGAUCGAUAAGCAGGCAUUGACCAUGCAACGGAUUUCGGGGCUUCUGUCGACCCGGAGCCCCGGAAACCAGUUUAACGACCCGUAUUCAGGUGAUAUAAAGCUGACGUUGAGUUCCAAGGAUGGAAUAACCGUGUCCAUGAACUUGCACCGGCAAAUAGUGGUGGCUCACAGCAGGUUCUUUGCAGUCAAGUUAUCUGAUCAAUGGGCAAAACAGCAGAAAAAUGGAUCGGCUGGACCGUACAUUGUGGAAAUAUCAGACUGUGAUGAUGUGGAGGUUUAUAUAGAGACCUUGAAAUUGAUGUACUGCAAGGAUUUGAGGAAGAAGCUACUCGGAGAGGACGUUUCUAAGGUUCUUGGCAUUUUGAAGGUUUCAGCGGCUAUUGGAUUUGAUGCCGGAGUCCUAUCUUGUUUGGAGUACUUAGAAGCCGCCCCUUGGGACGAGGAUGAAGAAGAGAAAGUGGCUUCUCUAUUGGGGGAGCUCCGCCUUGAAAAUGUUGGAGCAGGGGAAGUUUUGAAGAGGGUUUCUGUUGAAGUUACUAAUGGAACUGAUGAGGGUGGGGAUAAUGAAGAAGUUCUUCUCAAGCUUUUACACAUUGUUCUCGAAGGCAAAGACGAGAAGGCGAGGCAGGGAAUGAAAGGAUUGAUCUUGAAGAUGCUUCGCGAGAAUUCAUCGCAGAACGAUCUACGGAAAGAGUCUUUGUAUUCAGCUUCCGAUGGCUGUUUGGAGCAUCUUCGAAACCAUUUCCUCCAAGCAGGUUCGUCGGAUUUAACCGAUGCGGGUCAGAUUGCAAGACAAGCAGACAAUUUGCAUUGGAUUCUUGACAUUUUGAUUGAUAGGCAGAUUGCCGAGGAUUUUCUAAACUCAUGGGCAUCUCAAUCUGAACUAUCGAAUGCUCAUUCUAAAGUUCCAGCUGUUCAUCGGUACGAGGUUAGCCGAGUGACUGCUAGGCUGUUUGUGGGAAUCGGAAAGGGGCAGUUAUUGGCAUCAAAGGAAGUAAGGUGCUUGCUUUUGCAAACAUGGCUGGUGCCAUUUUACAAUGAUUUCGGGUGGAUGAGGAGGGCAUCCAGAAGCCUCGAUCGGCAUUCAAUCGAGCACGGUCUAAGUAACACCAUUCUCACUUUGCCUCUCGCUUGGCAACGGGACAUUCUGCUUGCUUGGUUCAAUAGAUUCUUGAACGCGGGUGAUGAUUGUCCUAACAUUCAAAGAGCGUUCGAAAUUUGGUGGAGGAGGGCUUUCCAGAGACGCGGCGUCGAACAAGAACUGCCGAGGGAACCACACGUUACACCUGCAACCAUUCAGAAUUCAUAAAGCUGCCGGUUUUCACGGUGCAGAAACCGAUGGUUCUUCUUUUGUUCCUACACCAAUGGCUCAUUUUUUAUGUUGUCUCUUUAACUGACAUAUCUGAUUUGGUUUUGUAUUGGGAGAGUCCUAUAUGUGAACUUAGUUCAUUAGAAUUCAACCACCGGGUACAUUUUUGUUCGGCUUGAUCUUUACACGCCUUAGA